CUCACAUCUCUGUCUUCAUCAGCUGCUGACCCUUCCUGAGCCUCUCUAGCUGCGACAGCUGUCAUAGCAGCGCUGGUUGAAGCCUGGAAAUAUCUCAAACAAAUGAAUUUGUGAGUCCUUGAAUCCUCUUGAUUGUGGAUUGAGGGAGGAGACAGUGUGUGAGUCCCUUACACUCUCCCUCACACUCCUGAUCUUGUGUUGAUCCACACAGAUCCAGGGCUGCUGGUCCUACAUAUGCCCAGAAAGGGAUCCGUUAGAGUGGUGCAGGGCGAUGGGUUUGUUGUUUGCUUCAUCUCAUUCACUUCUCAUCCUGUUCUCUUGUUGCUUGUUGUAGAAAAUGGUCGAGUAGAAGAGGAAGAUGCCAGGUAUGAGUCAGAGUGGUCCCUGUUUGUGGACCCAGCUCCCACAGAGCAGCCGGUCCCCGUGUGACCGCUACAAACACGCCUGCUGCAGCCACGACGGACACGUGUACAUCCUGGGCGGCCGAGACAACAGCUGUCUGAGGGACUUCUGGAGGUACAGCGUAGUGUGUAACGAGUGGAUGAAGUUGAGCUGCAGCAGUGAAGCUGCACCAGAAGAGCUGGAGGAACAUUCAAUGGUGGCUCAUGAGGGCUUCCUGUAUGUGUUCGGGGGCCUGUUGGAUUCUGCAUACACCUCGUGCAAAUGUGCCCUGUGGGUGUUUGACAUCGCAAAGCAGAACUGGGUGUCCUGCCAGAGAAAGAGGAGCUCCCCUCAGUCCAAAAUGCCGACCAACAGAAAGGGACACAGUGCAGUGGUGGUGGGUUCGGACAUGCUGGUGUAUGGAGGACUUGUAGACAUGAAAGGAUCUUCACAGGACUUCUGGGGUUUGGAUUUCGAUACCAUGGCCUGGUCCUUGCUGAGUGGUUGUCAGCAGGGCUCUUUAGGCCCAGGCCCCAGACACAGUCACUCAGCCGUGGCCCACCAGGAUUGCAUGUACCUGUUCGGGGGCUUGAAAGGCUUGAGGGAGCAGAGGGACUUCUGGAAGUGGAGUUCCAUCAGCCACACGUGGAGUUCCCUCAGAACCAAGUCCGGUCCCUCCAGACUGAUGGGUCACUCGGCUGUAGUCUACAAGGACAGCAUGCUUCUCUUCGGUGGAGGCGAGAGCCAGAACUCCCCGAACAACUGCCUGUGGAGGUACAGCUUCACCUCUCAGACGUGGGGGCAGGUGGCCACUCUCCCAGGCUCUAGCCCCCCGGACAAGAUCCACCACUGCUGCACUGGUCUGGGUCCGAGCUACAUGUCGGACAGCAGCAGCCCGUCCUCCACCUCAGGACGCCAAGAAAGGCUAAUGGAGGACAAGCUCAGGCCCUUCAAGAACAAGUGCUUCCCUUCACCUCUCACAUUUCUGGGAUCAGAGGGAGCUAUAGAGCUGGAGACGUUCAGCCUGGACCAGUGCUACGAGAGCAAAACACUCUCGAACUCUUCACAACUGGACCACAGCAAAGAGCACUUGAUGGGGAAAGAUGCGCAGCAGAUCGGAUACGGUUUGACCUUUGAGAACAAAGCUUUCGGGAACCAGUGGAGCUGCACAGAGGAGGACCUGAUCAAUGAGGACGAUGGGGACAUAGUCCAGCACCUGCCCGACCUGCUGCUGGUGCUGGGGGGGAGGCCGUGCUCCAGUCACAGCCCCAUGUCCAUAUGGCAAAUGACCCUCACUGACUCGUAGCCACCUGCGGACAAACUAUAUAUAUAUUCUAAAAACUGUGUUAUAAUAUAUCUUUAUCUUUUUUAAUCUCACAUAUUCCAACGGUUAUACCAACAUCCUGUAAAUAAGAAAACAACUUGAAAUAUUUCUAUAAAGCUACGGAGCAUUUUAUAUUGUGAAUUUAUGCGUUUGUCACUCUUUAUUUUUGCGAUGCUCAAAUAUUUUAUUAGAGGAAAAGCCUUGUAAGUUACUGAAGUCGUUAACAUGCAUGUAUGGCUCCAGGCCCUUACGGCCAAUAAACAAUAAGCAUUAUAGCUAAUUGAUGAAUGGAUGGAUUGAUUGACAGCAGUAGUGUUACUAUGAACACAAAGGAGUAAGUACCACAGACAGUACAGAUGUUUCUCCGCUCCCUCAGACUGAACAAACAUCUGUUUAUGGCAUGUACAGCAUCCAGCCACCAGGGGGCAAUCAACACGUUCGGGCUUCACUCGUUACUUUCACAUGCUGUCAGGAAAUGUAUACACAUGUUCUGAGUUUGGUGCAUAAAGCAUGAAGGUCAGGAUCAGUCCCCCCCUUCGACCUCCUCCUGUGGUAGUUCAUUGUUUAUUUGUGCUGAAUGUCUGUGACACAGUUCGAACCCAACAAGCUGCCACAUGUCUGCAGAUCUGACGAUGUUCAUCUCCAUCCAGCAUUCCCUGUAAGAUGACCUAAAUUCCACACGGUGGCGCCAGAGCUCCGUGUUGUGUUGGUCCGUCUGUCUCACCAGUUGAAGCACAGUGUACUGCAGCAAUAGUAUAAUGAAG